AUGCUUGGUCUUCCGCGCAACAGCCGGAGUAUGGACCGUUCGCUCUCUAUGGAUUCCACGCGACCUCACCGGUCGCAAUCCGGCCAAAACAAAAACCUGGGGUCUCUUUACCAUGGCCUAUUAAUUCUAAUUCUUAUUAUUUGCUUGUCGCCAUCAACGUUGGCUCAUCCUACUGCAAUCGCGGCAGAUCUAGUGAACGUCCCGCGAUCGGCUUCCAGCCCAAGUGGAAAGAUCACCGCAGACCUCCAUGAUUCGCCCCUCAAGCCCCGUGGAGACACAUUCUUGGACACACAGGAUCGGGAUGUCAUCGCAGAGUCUCUCGAAAGUGAUGCCAAACACGGAUUGCAGCGGCGAAUCCUCAAUGCCAGCACCGAGACAUCGACGUCGAUGCCCGAGCCCUUCGAUACGAGCUCGAACAACUUUGCGAACUCUAGCUGCGUGAGCUUCUUCGAUAAGUUCCUCGCCAACUCUACGGUGACGAAAUGCCAUGCCGUUUCACUGCUUCUCGAGAAUUCGAAUGCAUUUUUCCAUGAUUUGAGCUCGGCGACGGAAACUACGCGCGUGUUGGAUACUACCUGCUCCGAGAACCCCACCAAAUGCCAGUCGAUCAUGACCUCGCUAGCGGCCCAGAUGCUGGACGAGGACAACUGCGGGCCCGACUAUGAGGCGGGCAACUCGGUCGUCACAGGUACUUAUCAACAACUGAUGGCCUACGAGCCUGUAUACCGAGCCACCUGCCUGACCAACCCUACCACCAAUGACUAUUGUUUCGUCGACGCUGUUACCAAUUCCACCGCCCCGAAUGAUUAUAAUGUCUACUUUAUCCCGAUUGGAACUCAGCUCACCAAGGGAAAACUCACCUGCAACGAGUGUCUCCGGUCGACAAUGGAUAUGUACGCCCAGUGGGCCAGGGUGGAUGGUCAAGCUCUUGACGCGACCUAUCUCCCUUCGGCGAAGAUCGUCAAUGAAUUCUGUGGCUCCGGCUUUGCGACUACCAAUAUCACCAUCGGCUCUGAUAAUGUCACUGCCGGUGCCGGCCUCAUGGUUCCAUUACCCUCCCGAUUUGCCUUGUCUUUAAUCACUGUCACGGUCGGAGCUCUAUCGUUGGGGAUAUUAUAG